UCCUCGACACACUUUCUCUAAGAAAAUGAGUUUGGAUUUGUCUCGCUCUGCUAACUCGUCCGGCAGCCAAAGAUCCAAGCGAGGCUUCAAUAAUAACAACAAUUCGACCUCUUCAAACCGUUCCAGUAACAGUAAUGAUAGCAAUAAGAAGAAGAAGGUUAGCCAGAAAACCCUAGGCGUGGCCUGGGGCGCCAAUUCUAUCUCUUCCUCUCGCUCCUCCUCCUUCCGCAAAUCACCGUUCUCCGAUUUCGGCAGUUAUAUGGUGGAGAAGAAUCGGAAACUUCAGAACCAGUUUGAUGUGGAAGCUUCAGCUUCUUCUCAUAGUGAUUCGGGUUCCGGGAAGCCUAUAUUUCAUGGAGUUUCCAUCUUUGUUGAUGGUUUCACGGUUCCUUCCAGUCAGGAACUGCGAGGCUACAUGUUAAAGCAUGGUGGAAGAUUAGAGAAUUACUUUUCAAGACGUCGUGUAACCCAUAUUAUCUGCAGUAAUCUCCCCGAUAGUAAAAUUAAGAACUUGAGAUCUUUUAGUGGUGGGCUCCCAGUAGUGAAACCCAUGUGGAUUUUGGAUUCUGUUGCUGCAAACAAACUUUUGAGUUGGGUUCCUUACCAACUUGACCAGCUUGCUAAUAACCAACCAAAGCUGUCAGCCUUCUUUGCUCUGAAAAGCAGCCCACAGUCCCAGGAUGCUUUGCCUUGUGCACCUGUUUGUCCAGGAAAUCCUGAAGCCGAAGAUUCAUCUUUUAAAGGUGGCACAUCAGUUGAUGCAUCUUUUUCUGAUGUGGGUGAACCCGUUGAGCACAGUGGGCUAAUUAGUGGAGAAUCUAAUAAUCUUAUGAAUAAGAACUCGAAUGUAUCAUUACUUGAGGAGCCAGCUAGCAGUUGUGGCAAACCUUCCGAAGUGACUAUGACAAAACCAAGUAAUUUUGAUGUGGAAGAUGAGAGCAGUGUAAGAAAUGAACUGCAGUCAAGUCAUUACCAACCCUCGGCAUUGGUUAGCAGCAACUUCAUGGACAUUCAUAAUAUGAAAGGUUCACCAAGUUCAACAGUUGGUGGGCCUUCUAAUCAGCAUCAUUCAACUCUUGAGGAUCCCAAUUUUGUGGAAAAUUAUUUCAAGAACUCAAGGCUACACUUCAUAGGAACCUGGAGAAAUCGAUACCGUAAGCGUUUUCCCAGCUUUUCUAAUGGGUUUAAGUUCACAAGUUCCAAUACUAAAGCCUCUGCUCCAAAGACUGCUGUUAUACAUGUUGACAUGGACUGCUUCUUUGUCUCAGUGGUCAUCAGGAGCCAUCCUGAAAUGCAGGAUAAACCUGUAGCUGUAUGCCAUUCAGACAACCCGAAAGGGACUGCUGAAAUUUCAUCUGCAAAUUACCCUGCUCGAGAUUAUGGAGUUAGAGCUGGAAUGUUUGUUAGAGACGCCAAGGCUCUUUGUCCCCACCUGGUCAUUUUUCCAUAUAACUUUGAAGCUUAUGAGGAGGUAGCUGAUCAGUUUUACAACAUUUUGCAUAAGCACUGCAACAAAGUGCAGGCUGUAAGCUGUGAUGAAGCAUUUUUAGAUGUUACAGACACAGACACAGAGGGGGAUCCCCAGCUUCUUGCUUCAACAAUAAGAAAAGAGAUUCUUGAGACUACCGGGUGCACUGCAAGUGCUGGGAUUGCUGAAAAUAUGCUUAUGGCUCGUCUUGCCACUAGAACUGCAAAACCAGAUGGUCAAUGUUGCAUUCCUCCUGAAAGGGCGGAUGAUUAUUUAAGUCAACUUCCAAUCAAGGCACUUCCAGGAAUUGGGCAUGUUUUGGAGGAGAAGUUGAAGAAGCAAAAUGUUUGGACUUGUGGACAGCUGCGUAUGAUUUCCAAGGACUCUCUUCAAAAGGACUUUGGAACGAAAACUGGAGAGAUGCUGUGGAAUUAUAGCAGAGGAGUAGAUAAUCGGUUGGUUGGGGUGAUACAGGAAAGCAAGUCUAUCGGUGCUGAAGUGAAUUGGGGUGUGAGGUUUAAAGAUGUGAAAGAUUGUCAAAACUUCCUCUCAAACCUCUGCAAGGAAGUUUCAUUGCGCUUGCAAGGUUGUGGAGUGAAAGGGCGCACUUUUACCCUGAAGAUAAAAAAGAGAAGAAAAGAUGCUGAGGAGCCUGCAAAGUAUAUGGGCUGUGGAGAAUGUGAAAACCUGAGCCACUCCACAACGGUUCCAGUUGCUACUGAUGAUGUGGAAGUACUUCAAAGGAUAUCAAAGCAGCUUUUUGGGACCUUCCAUUUAGAUGUCAAGGAGAUUCGGGGUCUUGGCUUGCAAGUUUCCAGGCUUGAAAGUGCAGAUAAUUCUAAGCAAGCCUUUGAGAGAAAUUCUUUGAAGUCAUGGCUCAUCUCUGCCUCAGCAAGUACAAAAGAACUAUGGAGUAACGAUAGUACAGCCAAAGACAGGUUUAAUAUAGGACAAGGCGAUGGAGUUUCGGGUCAGACAUGUGCUAAUUCAGUUGGCCUUUCUAUUGAAAUGGACAAUAAUAUGUCCGAUAGUGAAGCUUGUCUGAACCAGGUUUCGGAGCUGCCACCUUUAUGUCAUCUUGAUAUGGGAGUUUUAGAGAGUCUUCCUCCUGAACUCUUUUCAGAAUUGAAUGAAAUAUAUGGCAGAAAGUUAGUUGAUUUAAUUGCUAAAAAUAAAGGCAAAAGUGUAAGCAUUAGCGGUUCUUCGAGCACUCAUUCACAUGCGCGAGUUGAAGGUGCAAUGAAUGAGGGACAGGCAGUUCUCCUUUUUGAUCCGGUUCUCCAUAAUGAAAUACCAGUAGAAAAAAAGCAUAUAUCUGAGGAAGUUCCGGCAGUCCUUGUUUCUGGGGCAGAAUCCUACAGUGUGGCUAUUCCUGCUUCUUGUCUUGAAAAAACUGAUUUGAUGCCCUCGUCUCUAAGUCAAGUAGAUGUGACAGUGUUACAACAGUUGCCUGAAGAAUUGAAAGCUGACAUACUUGAGGUUCUUCCUGCACACAGGAGGCAAGAUGUUUCUUCAAAUGUUCUCUCAGAAGUCCCUCUGGAAUCAAAAGGUAUCAAGACAACUGAGAACCACUCUGGAUCAAAGGAUUCUGUCUUGGAUAACAAUCUUUGGGCUGGAACUCCUCCACAGUGGGUUGAUAAGUUCAAAGUCAGCAAUUGCUUGAUAUUAAACAUUCUUGCAGAGAUGUAUUAUGAAGCAGGCUCAACAGGAAAUUUAUCUCCAAUUCUGCAACGUGCAAUUUCUGUACCUAAACACCAACUAGAUGCAAGUCAGGAUGGUUGGGAUGAAGCUGCUCACAUUUUGCGUGAGCUUCUGAAGCAGUAUAUUAAACUAAAGAUAGAAUUUGAUAUUGAAGAAAUCUACGUUUGUUUUUGUCUUCUUAAAAGGUUUGCGAUGAAAUCAGAACUUUUCCUGCACGUGUACACUGAUGUCUUUCCUUACCUUCAGGCAUCAUUUGGAGAAAACUAUGGAGGAAACUUGCAUAUAUCACUGAAGGAUUAGUGCUGCUUAAUGUGUUACAUUUUUUCUUAUUGGACUUGUUCCACUGUCCAAGGGGUGGGCUGUGCAUCAUGAGUGAUAAAUACCUUUAAACCACCAUACAAAUCCAUGGGAAAUGGAAGCCACGCAUAGAAGGCCUAUAUGUAAUAGUUAUGCUUGCGAAUCUAUGAGCUGGAUCAGUGAGAGUUGUAGCACAAGUUCGUUUACAAAACAAGCCAUAUUAGUCUCGACUUUCAGCUUGAUAACUACACAACCAAGGCAAACCAAAUUUUGACAGGCGCACGACCUAACUCAUAAAUACAUUUGACUUGUUGAAUUUGCUGACAAAGAUGGAAGCCUGACUAAAUUAGUGAUGGGUGCCUACACUUAAACUACCCUGGGAAGGGACUUCCCACAUAAGAUUCUUUUACCGAGAUCUUGAAAACAGUUGCAAGUUUGUCAUUGCUCUUACACGUGAGUAUUUAAGUAAAGACAUGUUCUGCAUCACCGGAAAUUCUGGAUCAUCUCCUUCAUAACGUGCAUUAAUUGAGAAACAUCUUGGUUUGCCUGAGGUGUUUAUUUUUAUCUGGUUUUUGAGGCUUGCAGUUCUAUUGGUGUUGAAAUGCAUGGCAGUGGAAGUCUUUGAAACUCAAUUCCGGUAACCACCGCCUCUCCCACUCCAAGUCUACAACCUGUAUUGAAGUUUGAAUAUUCGUGUGUUUGAUAUAUGAUUGUCAUGGCUGAAAAUUCAAGCUUGGUUUGGGUGGGCUGAAUAUUUGUAGAGUGGUGUGCAGGUACUAAAUGAAUUUCAACGUUAGAGGUGGAAUUGGGUACUCGAUAGUUUCUUCACCUCCACUUGUUCUCAUUAACUGGGUGAUUGCUUUGGUUAGGGAUCUCACUGCUUGUUCUGGAUGCAAUCAAUUGGAAGUUUGGGUUUAGGGUAUCAUUUGCAUCUAGUUCAGCUGGGCCUGGGGGCAAUGUCUUCUCUCAUAAUGCUCAUUCUAAAGGCAGCUUUUUUCAUUCCUGAUGUGAAGCAUUUAAGAUGUCAACUAAACAAACGGACUUUCAACUGCUCGCUCUCAGUGAGUCAUUUGAUUGAUGUACAAUUGGUGUUUACAAUACUUGUGAUGGAAUGUCGUGGCCUGAAUUGGUGCUGCUGCGGUUGAAAGAUUGCUUUGCCAUUACUUCAUGAUGGGGUAACUUAUGCUGCAUUAGCUUUCUAGGUGUUUUCCAUGUUCACUCAUUGAGCAUGACAAUCAGAAGCAACACAGCUCAAUGCGCAAUGUGGUUUGCAAGCGGUCACUAGUAUGAGUUGAUGCACAAAUAUAAGAGAAUUCUGUGUCUGUUGGUUAUCGAGGCCAUUCCUGGAAUACUCAAACAACAACCCGACCGUGUGCAACAUUACUUUGUUUUUUCACAUUCUUUCUGAUCAGUUUCUUUGGAUUCAUUUGCUUCAUCAGUAUACAGCAACUUCAUUUCGUUUAAUACAGUAUAGCAUUACUAGUUUUUUAGCAUAUUGCAUACGUUUUGUUUAAAACAAGGUUGAGUUUGUCAAUGGUCAUAUUUUUUUGAAUA